UUUAUUGACCAAUUGGAGAGUUGUAAGCACUCAUUUUUCUAGUUCUUUUCUCCCUUUUUUGCUUCAACCACUGAGAUUGAAAAACACCGGAAAAUGGCUUCUACAAGCACAGCAGCUCCUGGUUCCUCUGACUCCAGACCUACAAGAAGAACCACAUACUACAAAUUUAUGCAGCAAGAAGUUCCUGCACAAAGGCUUAUUCUUACGCCUCGAGUGAUAAUUUUAGGAUAUUUUCUUAUUAGUGCUGUGUUCAUUUCAUUUGGAAUUGCUUCACUAAUGGCUUCAAGAAAGGUUGUUGAAAUUGUGUAUGGCUACGAGUCCGUUUGCUUGAGUAAUAUUUCAGACAGGAUAGCCUACAUCCGGAAUCCUACUACAGAUAAAACCUGCAACAUAACAUUGAAGGUGCCCAAGGACAUGGAUGCACCAAUUUUCAUAUAUUAUCAUCUAGAAAGAUUUUACGUGAAUAAACGGUAUGUUGAAAGCCGAAGCAAUGCGCAGUUGAGGAAUCUUAAGGACGCGAAGUCAGUUAGUUCUUGUAAGCAUGAAGAUUUUGUCGAUGGUAGGGAAAUUGUACCCUGUGGUCUUGUAGCAUGGAGUUUGUUCAACGACACAUACAGCUUCUCUGUCAACAGAACGAUUUUGAUGGUGAACAAGAGUGGCAUCGCUUGGAAGAGUGACAUAGAGCACAAAUUUGGAAAAGAUGUUUUUCCCCAAAACUUUCAGAACAGUUCGGUAAUUGGUGGUGCUCAUCUUAAUGCAUCCAUACCAUUGAGUGAGCAGGAGGAUCUUAUUGUCUGGAUGAGAACCCCUGCCCUGCCAACAUUUAGGAAAUUAUAUGGAAGAAUAGAGGUGGAUCUGAAUGAAGGUGAUAUCAUCAACGUAACAAUUCAAAAUCAGUACAACACCUACAGUUUUAAUGGGAAGAAGAAGCUGGUGCUGUCAACUGCUACCUGGAUUGGUGGGAAGAAUGACUUGAUUGGCAUACUAUUUCUCACAGUUGGAGGAGUAUGUUUAUUUUUGUCAUUGUUUUUUACCAUUGGGUAUUUUGUGAAGCCAAGGCAACUUGGAAAUCCAUCUCAUUUGUCUUGGAAUAGGAAGCAAGCUUGAGUCAGCUCCUAAAGCAGUUAUAAAUAAACAAGAUUGAAAUGUGAUGUAUGAUAAUUAGUAGACUAGUAGUAUAGUAGAGUUUUUCUUUUUAGUGAGAUAAUAAGUUAUAUCCUAAAAUUAAUAAUCUUCUCCUCUCCCCUGCUCCCAAAACAAUGUAUUCUAAGGAACUGAGAUAUGCAUGUAGAUGAAAGUAUGUCUAAGAGACUUGAUUCAAAGUUCAAAGUAAUACUUAAAUAUAACGACUAAUGCUUUUUUCAUAGCUUUAGCUCUAGUUCCGUUACCUUAUGCAUGUUGCACCCUUCCUUUUGUAAUGUUCCCCGUUUAAAUAAAGAUGAUAUGUUUUGGUAA